AUGUCUGCGUUGCCAUUUAUUGCCGCCGCACUUUCUUCUAUAAUUGAUUGUCCUGUAAAAACAUACGAUGAGUGCAUAGAUGAAGGGUUAGACCCAAAUAAAAUUUUAGACAUCGAUUUAGUUCAUAAAUAUUCUUUAGCGGAAAGCAAUGAUAACG